GCUACUCCAACAACCAACCGGUGCUCUUUUACCAUCUUGUCAUCUCGCUCCUCCCACCUCAAAAGAAAGUCUCAGAGGGAGAAGAAACAAAAACUCUUCCUCCUACUCGAUCAAGAAUUACUCUCCCUUCCUUGCACUCCGAGCUCAUGAAACUCCAAUCUCUCCAUCAAUGAUGGGAGUAUCCUCUAAUAUGAGCAUCGAAAGAAGAAUCCUCGAUCCCCUUCUCUCGAGAGGAAGAUCCACUUCUUGGAUCUCCGCCCAACUCCGGAACAAGCUGCAGUUUCUCGGUUUGACAUGUUCAAGCGGCAAUGGCGAUGGCCGAUCUCCUCGGAUCUUGCCGGAAGCGCUGGCCGACGGUUGGCUCGACUACGAUGACCCCAUGGCAUGGGCGGGGUGCUCCUCCAUGGAACGGCCGCACGGCGCUAAUGAUCGGGCAUCGGAGCUGGAGUACGGAACGGCGGUCACGUUCGACAUCAAAUUUGGUCCGAUGCGACCUGCGAAUCGCUUCGAUGAUCGAGGGUUUCUCUCAUUUGUCACCUCGGAAUGACGAGUUCUGAGUCCACAUGUUCUUGGUGGUUGCCUUCAGUUUCAUCCUUGUAAGUUGGAAUCUUCACUUAUAUUGGAUUGCAGAAAAGGUUAAAAAUGGGUGUGGCUAUUUCAUUGUUUUCGAGAUUCAGAGACAAGUUGAUGAGCAUCCUAAUCAACGGUGAGCAGAUAUUUUUACCACACGAUAUGGGGUUGACUAUUUAGCUUCUGAUCCACAAUAUGAAGUUCGACUUCAAAACAUAGAAAGCAUUCCUUUGGUUAACAUUAACUUGAUAACAUGGAUCUGUUUAUUCCCUCAUCUGUGCUAUGUGUGGGAACGAUUUUGCGAGCUGCUUUUGGCAUAAGACUUGUUGAAGCUUGUUCAUGCAUAAAAAAUCAGUAUUAUGCCAAAAUUUGUUGAUUUAUUUAAAUUCUAGAAUUGGUGGUUUGAUCUGUAAUACAUGUAUAUGCUUAUUGUUUUUCUUUUUUCGAUUGUAUUUUGAUGAGCAUUAAUGCUCUUUAGUUUGGUUUUAAACUGAUUUAUUUGGUUGAACCACAAAUUUUUAUAUGCAUGUUUCAGUAACACAAACAUCUAAGAUGUAUAUGGUAACCACAAAUUUUUUGCAUGUUUGUUUCAGUAAGACAAACAUCUUAGACAGAUAUGCUAACAUAAUUUGUUAAGAUAUAUGAGAAUGAUAUAAUUAUUUUAUGCAUCUAAAUGUGAAGAAAUAAAAAAUACAGUAUCCAGUGAUUUUGUUAACAUUGCAUUGUUUUGAUUUUGCCACCUAAUGAAGUUAUUAAGUAGUUUGAUGAUAAGUUUACUUGUGGUCCUAAACAUCUUAAAAGAAAUGGCAAGUUGUUACAUUUCAAGCCCCUGCUUAUUUUGACGCAUUUAUUUUCAUCCUUUAUAUUGCAAAAUAUGAGUUAUUAGCCAAAUGAGAUUUGAAAGCAAUUUUUUGUGAAAUGAUAUAUGUUUUCUUAAGAAAAGGAAAUUUAUUGAGAAAGACUAUAUAAUAAGAAACUAAAAAAAAUUGUUUGUCUCCUUCAAUAAAAACAUGGAAACAAGUUUAAGGAUGUGUUGGGCCACUGAUUACACAGAUGAUGCAUGUAUCUUUCAACCAACUUUUGGUUACACCUAUAACAGUUCAAUGAACUGAUUCAAUAGUAAAAUCUUGCAGAAUAAAUGGGAAGAUAUACUUUUCUCUUUGUUUAUCAUCUUGUUCUCAGUUCUUAGUCUUUGAGGGCACCGACUGGAGUCGGUUGUCUUUCUUCUUCCACCAAAAAUGCAUCUUCUUCUGUUUCUACUAAGAUUCUUCUAUUUCUUUGGCUUGUAGAUUUUUUUGGUUCUUGGGGAAGGUGAUUUUUUGGAUAGUUUCUCAUCUUGGCAAAAUUAGUUUAUUCUGGCAUGGCUUCUCAUUUCUAAAUGAAGAUUUAGUAACAUAGUACAUGUCUUCUAUUUAUUUUCUUGUUGAUAGUGUAUAAUAGUUGCUGUUGUUGUCAUUUCUGGAAUUAAUACCCAACAUACUGUUUUUUCUAUUAUUAUUUGAUCCAAUAUGAUGUACGUGCAACAGCACAUGGCAGAGAUAAUGGAUGGGAUAUUGUAAAAAAGAAAGAAAAAUUAGUACACAUUCAAAAUAUUUCAAUUUAAACAUCUGAACAUAUCUCAUAUCUCUGGCACCAUAGAAACUGGUUUGCUUAUUCUCAGUUCACGGAUGUAACAUCAUAGUCAAUGUUAUAUUUCUACGCAUGACACAGAAAUGAAAUUGCACUAAAGCAACAAGAGGUAUACAUAUUGGAAAGUCAAAAAGUAGGCUUCCGGUAGAAACCAAUCACAUGGAAGGAAUUGUGAUUAAAUUGUGCAUAAAGACAGAUUAGCAGCCCAUUACUAGUACAAUUUAGUAUUGGAUUGAAAAUCUUGUUAGAUCUCUACAGUCUGUGAGUAUAAGUAAAUUUGGAAAAUAGGAAUAUUGAAAGUUGCAAUUGGGAUACAAUUGCAAAAAGAACAAUAAAAAGAAGAGGAUGACUUCUUAUAGAAGUUAAUCAUAUAAGUGGAACUGCCAUUGGAAACAGUACAACAUAAGACAGAAAUAGUUCUGGAAAAGAGGUUGGAAAGCUCUCUAGAUGCCCAUUUCUUGAAGGACCAUCAAAUAAGGGAAAUUUAGGAACACUAAGAGCUCCUAUUGGCAUCUUUAUUUUUGCUUUUUAGUAUUAUGAUUCUAAUGUACAUCAAGAAGGAAGUCUUUAUUUGGGUUUAUGCUUUGUUGGCAGGGUUUUAAACGUGAAUCUGAGAUAUGCAUUGUUGCUUACUAAUUGAUGAGCAGCCACAUAUCUCGUGUGGUAUUGCAUGUAAAUACUUCUCAUGAAGUUAGAUCUGUCUCACUACUAUUAGUUAUUUAUAGAUUAUUUGAUCUGUUGAUUCAGACACACUUAGUUAUUUUGGUUUUAGGUAUCUUAUGUUCAAUGAAGGACCAAGUAGAUUAGUAUAAGUUCAUUCUCUGCAAUCUGAUGCUGUCAAAAAAUAGAAGCUGCACUGAUCUACCUAUUAUACCUUGUUUUUUUUCUCAAUGCAGAGACGAAUAAGUUCUUCGAGUUGAUUAUUUGGUUUACAGACCUAGCUGGGAAUUAUGUCAGGUGGGGAGACUUCCACUGUUAGCAAGCAUGGAAACCCAGCUCAGUUCCAUGAUUGCAAGCAUCCUCAUGGACAAAGAGGAACAGGAGAUAGUGGCAGUCCCUCUUUAUUAAGUGCAGUACAAACAAAUCAGCUAUUGCAGCAGAAGGAUAUGUUGGCAGCCAAUCAUGGUCUUGCUGAUAAUGUUGUGGCUGCACUGGAAACUGGAUCACAGGCUGAUGUUCAAUGGAGCACUUGGGGACUUCCUCCUCGGUACCCUUCAAUUGCAAGAAACGUAUCAGAAGCUACCUACGAGGGAGGGAAUUAUAACAAACAGGAAUACAUGAAUAUCCUUGAGUUACCUAUUGGAUCAGGUGGGACUGGAUCUGGCUCACAUGAUGCUUUGGUUUUGCAUGAACAUCCUUCUGAGUGGAGCAUUGAAUCAAUGCCUAACUCGGAAGGUUCAAUGAUCUUUAGACCAAAGGGUAGUCAUCCUUAUCCCGGUCAAGGAUUUGAAGACACCAGGAACAAUCCAUCUGCAACAAGUCCACCAAAUAACGAAGAGUUACUGAAGCAAAACAAUUAUGGAGAGCCAAGCAAAUAUUUGUUUGCUGCUGUAACUCCAACAACCGAAUUCACUAAGAAAGUAAUUCAUGAGACAGGAGGUUUUGGAAAGAAGCAACACACCAGAGGUCCAGGACCAGACAGGACUUGUUUGAUUCCACAUGUUAUUACCAUUAGGACUAAUGAGGAUAUAUAUUCAAAGAUAAUUUCUUUCUGCCAAAAAAGUGGAUCAUAUGCAGUUUGCAUUCUUUCAGCAAAUGGCACUGUUUCUAGGGUCACACUUUUGAAGCCAGCAGCAUCUCUUGGAACAAUAACAUAUGAGGGCCAAUUUGAUAUUGUGAAACUGUCUGGUUCAUUCAUGCCAUUGGAGAGUUGCAAUCAAAGUAGACAUAGUGGUGAACUUCGAGUUAUGCUGGCUCGUGCAGAUGGACAUGUUUUCGGUGGUGGCUUGGCAGGACCUAUGAUGGCUGCAUCCUCGGUCCUGAUUGUAUUGGGUAGGUUUCUACCAAAUGGAGGAAAUGUGGCAAUGCUGGCCAACAAUCUAUUUAUGGUGUGAUGCCAAGUGACUCAACAAGAACUCUUUAUGAAUCAAUGACAUUUCAGGGAAACGAUAUGGCUUCCAUCUCCUCUCAGGUUUCCUCCCACUUAUCAAGUGUAGCGGGGAAGACAGAACCUAUUUGCUUCCUAUCUUAUCUUUUGUUGGCUGUUAAUGAUCGAAUUCCUGUGAACUUUGCCAAUGAAAUCUGUCUCCGAUUUGCAAAAUUGAUCUGACUGCAUGAGAAAAACAUUGAUAAGACUAAUUUCUUUAUUUUAGCCA